CACUGUAUCUUAAAGGAACUAAAAUUCGUUUAAGCUUUUAGUGUACCAAAUUCAAUUUGCCAUGCCGUGCCAAAGCGAUUUGUUGCUGCAUAAUUUAAAAUGCGUUUGUUUUAUAAAGAUUGUUGAACGAUAUUUUUAUUCCUUAUUCUUAAUGAGAAAUUCUAAGGGUAUCUUUCAUUACAGCUAAACUCAUCUUUGAAAACUCCAACCGUGCUUUUGUACAACUUCGAUUCAGCUUCAAUUUAAACCAGAAAAUCAAAACAUGGAUGAUCAAGCGAAAAAACGAAAAGCGCCACCUGACCAUAGCACAACAGUUGCAAACAAUGACUCGAUGCCGUCAGCUAGCAAAAUCUCAAAACCAUCGGAUGAUAAUGAAGCUAAGGGAACGUCCUCCUAUCAUGGUAUGUUUUACCAUUUACAACUGGGAAUGGUUAUACUGCUUCGAGCAUUCAAUCUACACUGUGAACGAAAACUAUCCAAAUUUGAGAUUACGAUGGAAAACAAGGAUGGCGGCAAGUUCGACGACAUAGUGUUGUUCUACGAAAGCGCAAUGCUGCCCAAAGGCACUGUUUACAUUCAAGCUAAACAUAGAGAUCCGGUAGGGAAGUUGAAAUCGAUUACACAUCAUGACUUACUCAGUGGACUUAACUCAAAGGGUCCCUUUUCCAUCCUUACUUACUUUGCGUCGUAUCUUGAGCUCAAACACCGCCGAGCGGAUCCAUCCGAGGAUAGUGCACACGCUUUGAGAGCGUCUUAUAAGUACGUCCUGUGUACCAACGUAAAGGUAGAUGAUAAUGUUACGAUCAUUUUGGAACAAACAACACAACCCACAGAUGGCAUCUCACCAUUGUUAGAAAGUAUUGGUGGAAAGUGCUACGUCAUAAAUCAAGAAAACAAUACCAUACAAAACAAGCUAAGAAAAGCUAGUUUGGAAGUGUUAGGAAAAUUCCUAGCAUCUUAUAUCAAAGACCAAAAAGAAAUCAAUGGCGAAAAUUGCCAUUAUAUUUUCCAACUGUACAGUGAUUUAAUUGCAACGUGCGUUGAAAAGAUCAAGCCGGGUGUAUUCAAGUUGAUUGAACAGCCUCAAAGUGCUGCAGGAAAAGCGCUCAUUGGGAUACUCCAGACUAGUUUAGGUAGUAAGAAAGAUAAACCAAAGACACCAACCGAGAAAACCGAAGGGGCAAAUAUUUUGAUAGCAAGCAGUUUUGAAAAAUUCUGUUCAAACUCACGAAGCGAUGACCCUUAUGCUAAAAUUGACUCUAUGAUCCAACAAUUCAGUGAAGAGUUCGUGUUAGUAGGUGGCACAAAAAGCGAUACAGAGCUGCUGGAGCAAGCACUUGCGCUGAUGCCACCGUGGGUAAAUGAUAAGAAGGACAAAUUUGAAAACCUGCAAAACAUACUGCUUACAGCACUUAAAGAAAAUCCACUUGAUGAUAUCAACUUGGUAAACAUUAAAAAAAGGUUUAUCGAACUCAAAGCAAACGAUAAUUAUGUUAAGAUUGAGGAGUUUACAAGGAGGUAUUUAAGCAGCGAAAGCAAUGUAUAUUCAUCCAUCACCAUAGAGCCGGGCUCUCUCGAGCGCCUUGAAGUGUAUGAAUUUGUCAGUGAAACAUCAUUGUAUGGAAUUCAUCAAUAUCGUACCACAGCUGACAUGAAAAUGAGUUCAGUUAUUGUGAAACAAACGGUGGAGCUACUUGACUACAGCUGCCUGAUUGUGGACUGUUCGGCCAGCCAAUCGAAAGACAGCUUGUGUACUGUUUUGUUUGAUGUGCUGAAGUUUAUUUCUGAUAUUGGUUUAUCUGCUCGUACUAUUAUAACGAUUCUUGGCAAAUUGGAACAAACAUUAAUGAUUAAUAUAAGGAAACAUUUGAGAGAAAGUAAAAUGAAACUCAUCGUUAUCAGUGAAGGUGAUCCGUGUGAAGAAUGUUUGCUAGUCAAUGAUCUUACAAUGGAGUCAAGGGAACUGCUGCAUGAGCGAUAUAAACAGUUGUGUCUGUUUGGAACAUCAAUAGCUCUGAGGCAGAUUGUGCGAGGGGAAGAUUCGUUGAGCAUUCUAUGCAAAGUGUUGGAUAGGUGUGGUCAUAACAUCAAUCAAAAUGAGAACGAAAACAUCAAUCAACAAAACUUUGAAACGAUCAGCUCAUGGUAUAUUCCACGUACUCUGAAACCAUAUAAUAAUGAUAUAACAAAAAUAGAAAAUAGAGAAAAAGUAUUAAAUUUUGGAUUUGACUUUUCUGGAAACACUGCUGACAGAGUUCCAUUUGAUAGUUUACCAGAUCUUAGUCAACAUAUAAUUAAAAGGUUGGAUGUAGCCACUAGUUCACAAACAUCUGUCAACUGGCAAAUGACUAACACGUUUGAUGAGCUAUCGAAAGUACACAUCAUUUUAGAUGAUGCUGGGUGUGGAAAGACCGCCUAUUUCACCUGGCUUGCUUCUUACUUAUCACGCAAUGAUCCUUCUUUGUGUGUGAUUCGUAUGCAUGCUUUAAACUAUUCUGCUGAUUUUAACGAACUGCAGAAAGCUCACUUCACAUCACUGGAUACUACAACCACAAUAAAGAUCCUCUUACGUCUAUUCCAAUUGACGCUAUUUGCAACAACUGUAAACAUUCUGUCCCUUUAUGAAUCCAACGAAAUUAGAAAACAAGCCAAACAAUCCGCUCAACUUUUAACAGUUUUGGACGGAAAAGUGGCGUUCGACGAUGACGCUACUAGCACCCUGAGUGUAGAACAAUUGCUUGUGGUGCGAUUAUUUGCGGAAAAGCUCAACGCAUCACAAUUUGUUUUAAUUUUUGAUGGGUUUGAUGAAAUUGCCCCAGCUUACAAGGAAUUCGUGAUGGCGUUCUUAGGCAAACUGGCUACUUUUGCUGGAAUUCAAAAGCUGUAUCUUUCCUCUAGACCAUACAAUUUCAUGUAUGAAUUAAAGAACACCUUUAAUAGCUGCAAGAUAUACCAAUUAAACCCGUUCUCGCGGAUAGAUCAACAAAAUCUCAUGCACAAGCACCUUUGGAAAAGCUCAGCGGAAUGGAGACAGUGCAACAAAACUGACCGUUAUCGCCUGUUGUAUCUUUUGUAUUCUCUAAAUUUAAGAAGCAUGAACGAACUUAUGUCUAGACCCUUGUUUCUACACAUGAGAUCUGCGAUGCUGCUGCCAAUUCUGCAGCAGAAUGUCGAUUUUUCUCGCCGAACUGUCAAAACAACGAUAAGCGACCAGCAACACAUUGACCAACUACAAAUAGUAUCAAAUUUUGUAGAACAAAAGUUAAGAAUAUUGAACACAGAUAAAUGUGGCACAACCGAUUCAGCAACGCUCAUUCCGGCUCUGCAGCAAUUAACUUUGUCAGCUGACAAGGAGCGCAAAGAAAUGCUUAAACUAUUAGCCAUUAGCACCAUGUUUGAUGAAGAGGCAAGAAAAAAGCUGUUGCCCAACGAGCAACAACUUCUAGUACCUACGUUCUUACAGGAAAUAGUUCGUGGAAAUGAAAAGACUGGAAUUAUUUUAGGUGUCCGCGAUGACAUUCCUCAGUUCAGUCAUCGAAUUUUUGCAGAGUACUUUGCAGCUUGCUGGCUCUUCGGUCAUAAGGAUCGAUUCAGGGAAGUAAACUUUUUACGGUCGAGAUCGUACUGGAAGGACGAAUUUUCUCAUGUGCGAGAGUUUUUCGAUCGAAUGGUUUUACGGAACAGUGAUCAAUGUGAACUGCACAUGGCUAUACUCAAUCGAUCGAAACUACAGGUACAUGAUAUAAUUUUGAACAAUCCCGCUGCAAUCAAUCAGAAAGAUGCCCUUGGACGUUUCCCAUUACACUUAGCUGCUGAGAAGCAAUGUUUUGAUGCCAUCGAACUGUUGUUGGAAAAGAUGUCUGACGAUUCAAUCAAUGUAAAAGAUGAGCUUUUUGGCUGGAGUGCUUUAGAUUAUGCAUUUGCUUUGGUAGCAUUAAACACAAUUGAAAUUCUUUUAAAACAUAAGGCGACAGUUAAUGAGCAAACAUUGUUGGAACAAAUAGUUGCAAGCAAUUUAAGAGAUUUAUUGUAUCAUGCACAUAUCUGCGGUCGUCUUUUAGAAGCUCAUGAACAUACCAAAAUGAUCACGGAUAGCCUUCUUCGAAGAGUAGUCAAUUAUUUGCUUGAAGAAAAACGGCUUGACAUAUUCAUUCCUCGCGUUGAUCUGCAAAACUCGGUCGUAGAGGAAAUCGUAAAAGAUAAUAUGCACAAUUUGCUUAAACAUUUCGUGUUACAAUCCAGAGAGAAGAAGCCCGAAGACAAAUUCAUUGCGUUGUUUGAAGUAGCAUUAAAGCAUGCUUCGUUCGAUACUGCAAUCACUAUUGUGAGUGAAGUAGCUAUUUUUCUGCCAAAAGGAGUGGAUAAUGAAAAAUUUAUUCAAACCCUUAAGUGGGCUAUUAAAAUAAAAAAUAUGAAAGGAUUUGUCCUGCUCUUUCAACAACUCUGUUCGAUGCGCAAUAUUCACACAGUGGAAGACAUGGAAGAUAUGCAAUGUGAUGCUGAAGAUGAUGGUGACACAGCUAUCUUGUAUCAAAAUAACUAUCCCUCUUCAUGCUGUAUUCUAAAGCAUUCCGUGUUUCUUCGAGAUAACCACCUCUUUGAACGUGAUAUAAUCGAACGUCUGCUUAUUUACGCAGUAGAUGCAGGUAACAAACAGGUCCUUAUGUAUCUUGUCCGAAAAACCAACACAAUCAUUCGGAACGAGCUUAUUCGGAACAUUAUGCGAUUGUUUCCAAAUGUAAAGAAUGUAUGUCAUGAGAACAGGGAACCUGCAUUCAAAUAUCUUCUGGAUCACUCCAUCGAUCUGCACAGUAUUGACGAUGAAGGGCGAAACUUACUACAUUGGACGGCCCAAAAUGGUUGUUUCUUCAUGUUACACUGCUUGGUUGCCAAAGGAUUUGAUCCAUUGAGUGAAAAUUCAACAAACGGAUGGAGUGCAUUUCAUUACGUUGCUUUUAAUAAGGUCGUCACAACGAAUGAGAGGGAACGAAAGAAUCACGCGUGGAAAUAUUUUUUGAACGCUAGUCAUUUGGAAGAGUUUGAUAUUUUGACAAGUGCGUUUGAUCCAAACCAGUUUGGUAGCAUUGCUGUGAGCGUUUCUCCCAAUCAACACAAACAGUAUGCGAAUAUUUUGAACAAACAACAGGUCUGUUUGAUGGCAAUGUUUGUUUUGUUUGAUAAAUCGACGAGAGCAGAGCUGCUUACGUCUGCGGAACUAGGGGAUGGUGAUCAAUGCUUAGAGAUAAUUUCUAAGCAAAAUGAGCUCACUGGAAUAGUACAAGGAGUACAAAAUGGUAUUCCUCAGUUUUGUCAUCGAAUAUUUGCGGAUUACUUUGCAGCUUGCUGGCUGUUCGAUCACAAGGAUCGAUACAGGACACAACCUUUUUUCCGAUCUAAAUCAUACUGGACGUACAGAUUGUCUCAAAUACGGUAUUUUUUCGAUCGUAUAGUUUUACGGCACAGCGAUCCAUGUGAACUGCACAUGGCUAUACUCAAUCAAUCGUUCAAACAGAUAUGUGACAUUCUUUCCAACAAUCCUGCAGCUGUCGAUCAAAAAGACACGCUUGGACGUUUACCAUUGCACUUGACUGUUGUGGAUGAACGUUUCGAUACCAAUGAUCAGUUGUUGAAAAAGAUGUCUGUAGAGUCACUCAAUGUGAAAGAUAUGCUGUUCGGCUGGAGUGCCCUAGAUUAUGCUUUUGCUAAUGAAAACAAUGAUUGGAUCUACAUUCUAUUGGAACGUAAAGCGAUUGCUGACGAGAAAGUCUUGUUUGAGCAAACAGUUGCAAACAAUUUAAAAGAAUUAUUCAACCAUGCACACGCCUGCUUUAAAAGUUUAGAGGAUCAUGACCAUACCAAACUGAUCUCGGAACGCUUUCAAACUAGCGUGACAAAGUAUUUGCUGGACGAAAAACGGCUUGACAUAUUCUUGCCCCUUGAUGAUCUGCAAGAUUCAUCCAUCGUAGAACUAAUCGUAAGACAUAAUAUCUAUGGAUUGUUUGAACAAAUUGUGUUUCAAUUAAGCAAGAAGACUCCAAAAGACAAUUUCAUUGCGUUGAUUGAAGUAGCAUUAACGUAUCGAGCUUUCGACAUUGUAAUCAUAAUUGUGAAUGAGUUUAGCGUUUCUCUUCCACACGAAGUUGAAAUGGAAACAAUUAUUGAGACUGUUCAGUGUGCUAUUAAAAGAACGAAUAUGAAAGCAUUUAUCCUACUGUUUCAACAACUCUGCGUGGCACAAAAUAUUCACACAGUGGAAGACAUGGAAGAUAUGCAAUGUGAUGCUCAAGCUAAUUAUGACGUACCAUCCAUGAAUGUAAACACCAAUCUCUUAAUCUGCUGUAUACAAAGCACAGACAGUUUAAAGUCACAAGCAAAGGAUAGAAAUGAUCUCCUCCGUGAACUAAAUCUACUCGAACGUCUAAUAUUUUACGCAGUGUAUGAAGGUAGUACACAAGUGAUCGCGUACGUUGUUCGGAAAACCAACACAAUUAUCUUGAACGAAUUUAUCAGGAAGAUUAUGCGAUUAUUACCAAAAUUAAAUCCUGGGUAUCAUGAACGAUCCCUACCAGCAUUCAAAUAUCUUCUGGAUCACUCAAUCGACCUGCACAGUAUCGACGAUGAAGGGCGAAACUUAUUACAUUGGAUGGCUCAAAAUGGUUGUUCUUUCAUGUUACACUGCUUGAUUGCCAAAGGAUUUGAUCCAUUGAGUGAAAAUUCAACAAACGGAUGGAGUGCAUUUCAUUACGUUGCUUUUCGUAGGAAUAAUAUAUUGAAUAGAAGCGUCCUACAGUACAAUGUAUUGGCAUAUAUUAUGAAUGCUUGUCGAAUGGAUUGGUUAGGUCUCUUCACAAGUAUGUUUGAUCCAAACGAAUUUGGUAGCAUUGCUGUAAGCGUUUCUGUCAAUGAACAACGGCAAUAUAAAAACAUUUUGAACAAACAACAGGUCUGUUUGAUGGCAAUGUUUGUUUUGUUUGAUAAACCUACUAGAGCAGAGCUGCUUACGACUGCGGAACUACGGGAUGGCGAUCAAUGCUUAGAGAUCAUUUCUAAGAAAAAUGAGCUCACUGGAAUAGUACAAGGAGUACGAAAUGCUAUUCCUCAGUUCUGUCAUCGAAUAUUUGCGGAUUACUUUGCAGCUUGCUGGCUGUUCGAUCACAAGGAUCGAUACAGGACACAUAUUUUUUUCCGAUCUAAAUCAUACUGGACGGAUGAAUUUUCUCGAUUGCGAGACUUGUUCGAUAGAAUGGUUUUACGGGGCAGUUAUCGAUGUGAACUGCACAUGGCUGUACUCAAUAAAUCUGGUGAACAGAUACAUGCAAUUCUUCACAACAGUCCUGCAGCUGUGGAUCAGCCAGAUGCUCUUGGGCGUUUACCAUUACAUUUGGCUGUUAUGGAUAAACGUUUAGAUGUCCUCGACCAAUUGUUGGGAAAGAUGUCGCUAGAUUCAAUCAACGUAAAAGACGAACUUUUUGGCUGGAGUGCCUUUGACUACGCAUUCGUCACUAAGAAUAUAACUCUUAUCAGAAAGUUUAUAGAAUUAAACGCAACAGUAAACAGGAAUGUUUUGAUUGAACAAAUUUUUAAAAACAAUUUGAAAGAUUUGUUAGAUGUUGCAAACACAUAUGGACAAUGUUUGCUUGAAUAUGAAUCUACCGAGCAGAUUGGAAAAGAUCUUCUCAACGAAGUGGUAGAGAAAUUGCUGGAAGAAAGACAACUUGACAUAUUUUCUCCUCUUAAUCAGUUGGAAGACUUAUCCGUGGUAGAAUUUUGCAACAAACGACGAUGGUUCGAAUUAUCUAACCGACUUUUAUUAAGCAAAUGAAUCCCGAGAAUUAGAUUCUUUUCGUAGCGCAUUGAACAACACGUUACUAUUUCAUUUAAAUGAAUACUAUUAUGUGCCAUAGUCUCGACGGUUCAACGUACCAACGCGGUCAUGCCAGCCUAUUCAGAAUUUCGAGACUUAUUCAGUGCCAAGUAGCAACAUAGUUAGUCCUUCCGUUGGGGGACGGUCCAUUCGAGAUAUGAACCCAUGCAAACGUAUGCAAUUUGACACUUCUAUCAGUCGAACUCUAACUGCGAUGGCCAAAAAAAAAAGCAUCUUCGUUUAGGAGCGUGUCCGAUCAAAGAACGGCACCUCGUAGCGUCUAAAACGGACGCCGUGGGGCAGUUUGUAGACGUCGUAUGAGCCUGUUCCGGCAUCUCCAACAUCUUAGCACUAUUUGACAACGGACAGAGCAUCGAAAAAAAAGCUUAGUUCUGAAUGGCUGAAGACCCAGCGCGGCUUGAGGUUCCAAAGGAAGUUGAAAAUGAAGACCGAGGGAUAUGUGGCUACAUUGCUGCGUUAGCUUGGCGGGGAGGUCGAUGCAACCGGCUUAACAGUGAAAUAAUACCCGAGGAACAUGAAAAAACGUAUCAGGAAGCAUAAAUUGCGUCCACUGAUGCCAAAAUUCAAUGCGACCAUUUUAUGUGAAUAUCGGCCGGUACAACCGG